UACGAUACAUGUUUUAAAACAAAAAUGCGCAGUAUGUAUGUAUUUAGGAAAAAAGCUAAGUAAUUUAUAAAAUAUAAGGGAAUAUAUAUAUCACUAAUAACAAGAUUUACUGUUUUGGUUUGGACCCAAAAGUGAAAAAGUAUUUGUUAUGAAUGUUUCUAUAAGAGGAAAAUGCAGUUACAUACAAGUUUUAUUUUUCUUUACACCCUAUUUCAACCAAUUAAUUUGCAGCUUCUAAUCAAUGUAAAAAAUCAGGGUGGCGAUGUUAUGCAGGAGAAUAUAACAGCAAAUGUGUCGGAAGAUACUGUUAUACUAGAUUUUUUGCGCUUGGAUGGAGUUUAUGUCUCUCAACUUGUAGACUUUACCAAUGAGGUGGAAGCUAUGAAAGUGGUGAUACCAGCGGAGGAGGAACUGGGUCAAAGUGGAUUCCAGACUCUCUGCUUCCUAACUCAUGCUGCACAGGCUGAUUUUAUUGCACCAGAUGCUAUGGCUAAACUGAGACAGAAAAACCCAGGAACAGUCCGUGUAGCGGAGGAGGACAAGGGGUGGCGGCAGACGACAGCGACGGCAUGGGCGGGGCGCGCCGUGCGGCUGCUGUCGCCCGCGGCUGCGCGCCACUGCGCCCCCGCCAGGGACCAUAUCUACUUAAGGACUGCUGAUCUCUCCAGAUGGGCCCCCAGGCCAGGUAUGUCGCAGUUAUCAUAUUCAGCAGAAGUAACCCCGUUUCCGGCUAAUGCUCUGUCUGCUGACACAUCUGAUGGCAAGCCGGGUGUUGGCCCGUGUGUAGCAGAGAAUGAUACUUCAAAAGAAUGUAUUUGUCACAUAGAGGUGUGUGUGAACUGGUAUCCCUGUGGCCUGAAGUACUGCAAGGGCAAGCCGCAGGGGGGCAUGAGCUACCGUUGCGGCAUUAAGACAUGCCACCGCUGCUACCGUUACCACUACUACGUACUGCGGCGGGACGUCUGCCUCACUUACACGUGACAGUGCGCCCACUGGCCGCCGACCUCUCUGUGUCAAAUGGGCCGACUACUUACUCACAGUGCAGACUCCUGACUUUAAUACAAGAAAAUCUCAAGAUUUUUUAUUGUGUUGUGCCUCUGAUUUGUCCUGUUAGUUCGCUUUAUUAUUGAAAAAAUUGUGAACCUAUGGCAAAUUAUUUCCAGUGGAAUUACUACACUGGGUUCUAUGAUUGAUGGAUGAUGUGCUUUACAUGUUUAAUUACUGUUUGUUAAGUAUACAAUUGCUUUUUACAGACUACUGCCAUUUUAUUGAAUUUAUUACCAAAGAAUAUUACAUUAACUUUUGAUAUAAUUUUCUUAGAAUUAAUAUGAUGUACAGCUGUUCAUUGAGAAUGAUGAGUGCAAAAUUUACCAUAAAUUUAUUAUAUUGGUGUGAUGAUGUUCUUGUUCUUGUAUAUAAAUGCUGUGGAAUUGUAAUGCUAUAUGUUAAGAAUAAAACUUUUUGUAUGAUGUUUAUUGAUUUCUAAA